AUUUUGAAGGGUUUAUUUCUUGGUCGGUUUUUUUUCUUCUUCUAAUAUACUUUCCUUCAAUCUCCCUACCCCUACCCCCCAGUCUACAAUAAAUCCCUACCCAUCUGCCCCUUCCUGCCCACUUUCACUUUUCAUUCGCGAGAGAGAGAAAGAGAGAGAGAGAGAGAGAGAGAGAGAGAGAGAGAGAGAGAGAAAAGUAAAUAUUUUGGGGGCUUGGGUUUCUAUGUUUGAGACGGAAUUUCUAUCGCACUUGGAAAUAGUAGUAGGGGUUUCGUGUUUGGGGGAGACUAUUCGAUCUUUUUUCUGAUUUUUUUUAUAUCCUUUUCUCUCUUCUUCUCUAUCAAGGGUCUUUUUCGGGUCUUGUGGGGAAUCUGAAUAUAUACUUUGUUUUUUUCCUCGUCAGGAUUCUUUCCCCAAAAAGAUCAUUUGACCCCCCCCUCUCCGGUGCUCCCACUGACCCCCCUUACCCACCCACAUCCGGAAUAUAUCUUUUACAUAUACUCUCCCUCCCUCGAGCAUAAAUAUACCCCGCGUCACAAGUCUUGGACGCAUCCUCAGCGUGAUGGGAGGGCUCUCCAUCUCGACAGCACUAGCUUCCCCGAGGAAACCUUCGUUAUCACCGCAGCAAGUGAUAGAAGAGGAAGAACCGGUACCGGUAUUCUUCUUGGACGAGUCCGCGGGAAUAGAGACCUCAUCGCCUACACCAGCGGAAGAAGACAUGGGAAAUGGCAUGUCCAUCUCCACCUUCACAUCCUCCCUGCGAGGAGCAAUGAACUCGGCCGGCGCGAGCAAGCCUGUCAAGUCAGCAAUCAAGAAGGACAUCUGCUCAGGAGCGGGCGCAAAACUCAAGAAGUUUGUCCGCUUCCUGGACAGAGUGGAGAUUGUUCCCGCAGCCCCAUUCCUGAUGUUCGAGGAGCCGUCCAGCAAAAAGCAAAAGACCCGCGAGUCCUUCAACGACCCAGCGAUAACCGCUGGGCUCGGGCGCGCUGGCUCACCAAACCGUUCGCCGAACAGGUCUCCCAAUCGAUCCCCGAACAGGUCGCCCAAUAGCUCGUCCAAGCAUCUCCCCGCCACAAACCCCGACAAUCACCUCUCCCCUCCGGAGGAGUUAUACCUUUACCAUCAUCCCCCCUCACCACCUCCGUCAUGGCGGAUCCCACCUUCGUCACUUACCGGCCCGCAACCGCAUGUCGUUACGCCGCCGCGUGUGCGAUCCCCUUCACGACCCGGCGACGAGAUAGACCUCAUGGCUAGGGAUAACCAUAGAGAUAGUGGGGUUUAUAUGGACUCCUCGGAGGACGAGGAUGAGAUUCGCCCGGUUAUCGCGAGGAAGAUGUGGCACGGGGAGGUGCGAUUUGAGGAUCAAUGGGGGCGUAGGUUGAUUCCUGUCGAGAGGAAGGAUGCUUUCCGCUUCGAUCUUUGGCCGGUCGAGGAGGAUGUGGAUAAUGAGGUUGGGGACGGGAGUGGUUGGGUUGGCAGGUUCCGAGGAAUGAGUCGGGAGUAGAGUAGAGUGGAGCUGGUUUUGAUACACUGUGAUUAGUGGGGGGGUGCAUUAUUGAUGUUUUAUGCUUCAUCGUUGAAGUUAGUGUCCGAGGCCGAGUUAGUAUAUGGGUCUCUUAGUUGUACUGCGUUCCUUGCGAUUUCCCUCUUCUUCUGCUGUUUAAUAUUUUACUUUGGGUUGGGAUUUUGGCUUUUGAUCUUCACCUUUCUCCCUACUCUUAUAGCUCAGCAUUAUAUGGUGUUUUAGUCUUUUUCUUUUCUUUUCUUUUCUUCUUUCUUUCUUCCUAAUCUCGUCUUCAUCGCAUCUGGGUUAUUUCCCCUCCUUUCUUACAGGAGGCUUGAUUGAUUUUAUCAGCGGUACUUAUUUCUCAUGCGGUUAGUUUUGAAGUGCACACAUAAACGGGUGGCGUCUUCCCUUUUUCUAUGAUAUUUUUCCAUUUUCCAUUUCUUCUCAUUACCCAUACCAGAACCGUUUUUUUUUUUUUUUUUUCAUUUCAUUCUCCUACGAUACGAUACUCGAGUCUAGUUAGCGAAGGGCAAAUUGAAAGUGGCGGAUAAAAAAAGAAAACCCCCCCUUCC